CAAUCAAAGUUUAAAGUUGUACUUAAUGCAAAGCAAAUUCAUCGAGCAAAUAACGACUGACAUCAUGUACAUAUGUGCAUAGUCCACUGAAUACCAAUCAUUUGACUUUGUCGUUUGAGAUUUUCUUGCUUAGGUUACGCAGUGUGAGAUAUUGUGACAAAAAUGUACGCGAAUAAGUACUUAGUGUGGGUGGUUUUGCAUGAAGUUCUAUUUUCUAUAUAUCCUACUGUCGCAGUUGAACGGCAAAUAAGACAAAGUCAUAUAAAUUCCUCCAAACUUUCUCUUGAAUUGUCUCAAUCGAAUGAAGAGGACGAGGUAAAAGUUAAUCCUCGAUGGACAAACAUUAACGCAGAGGUGGAUGUGGUAAUCCCAAUGAUUUUAAAUCAUUUGCAUAAUAUAAAGAUCGAACAUUUAAAUCUACCGGAUAUAACAGAGACAAUUUCUUUGACAUUUAUUUUGGUUGCCUACAAGACACGCUUGAUUUUAAGCAACGGAAUAGUUUAUAACGUGGAAGGAAUAGAGCGAUAUGGUGAUGCCAAGAUGACUUAUAAAGAAAAGAGGUUUCAUAUUCGAUUUGAUUUGAAAAUAAAGAAAUUACAGUUUGAAUACAACUUUCUUCUUCAAGUAAUGCCCAUUGACGGUUAUGGAAAGGUAAUAGGUAAAUUGGAAGAUACAAUUAUUCGUUCGGAAAUAGCAAUAGACGUGACAAAUAUUAGCUUAGCUCUCCACGAUUUUCGCAUUCUCGACUACAGAAAAAUACAUGUUCAAUUGGAUCAAAUUCAAAUACUAAGAGAAUUAAGUGGAUUAAUAUUGUCACCAAUUACGAAUUUAUUCAAGGAACGAAUAAGAACUUCAAUAUCGGAUGGUUUGAAAAAGGAAAUGGAAUUUAUAUUUAAUGAGUUUAAUGAAGGCGAUCCUUUGCAACUUCGAAUGUUUGCUAAGCAGUUGCUAGCCGGAUUAAUAAAUUAAUUAGAUGUAUUUGUAUAUGAAAUUAAUAAGAGUUCUUGUGUAAACCAAAUCUGAUUUACUUGGUUGCGAACGAAAUCAGAAUUCUAUAUAGGAAAUUAAAAAUUGCAGACAACUUGAUUAAUUUUAUUUGUGAAAUUAUUAAUUAAAACGUGAAAAACGAAAACGAAAGAUUUUAGCGAUCAUAGUAAUCUACUUCAUGUCCAAGAGAAUCAUAAUAAUAAUUUAGCUCUUACAAAUGUACAUAUGUACAUACUAUACCUUUCAUACUAGUGCUUAGUUUCCAACAAAAACGUGGAUUCGAACAACAAACCAAUAAAAUCAGAAUUCAUAAUAUA